GGAAGUGCCCGUGCGCCGCUUCCGGUCCGGGGGCGGAGCCGUUGCUACUGGAGGCGCCGAAACUGAACAGCGGUGCGAGGGGCGAGAAUGGCCGCCGGGGGCACGGAAGAUCCAUCCCUGGAGAGACACUUCAAAGGCCACAGAGAUGCUGUCACUAGUGUGGACUUCAGUCUCAAUAAGAAACAAUUGGCAAGUGGCUCAAUGGAUUCGUCUGUGAUGAUUUGGAGUAUGAAACCUCAGAUCAGAGCCUAUCGCUUUUUGGGCCACAAAGAUGCAGUGAUGUGUGUUCAGUUUUCACCUUCCGGUCACCUGGUGGCUUCAGGCUCUAGAGACAAAACAGUCCGUUUAUGGGUUCCCAGUGUCAAAGGAGAAUCUACUGCCUUCAAGGCUCAUACGGCAACUGUAAGAAGUGUUCAUUUCUCCAGCGAUGGCCAGUCCUUAGUUACAGCUUCUGAUGACAAAACGGUCAAAGUAUGGACAGUUCACAGGCAGAAGUUUCUAUUCUCACUUAGUCAGCACAUAAACUGGGUCCGCUGUGCCAGGUUCUCACCUGAUGGACGAUUGAUAGUGUCAGCCAGCGAUGAUAAAACUGUAAAACUGUGGGAUAAAACCAGCAGAGAAUGCAUACACUCCUUCUGUGAGCAUGGGGGGUUUGUGAAUCAUGUGGAUUUUCAUCCCAGUGGUACGUGCAUUGCUGCAGCUGCUACCGAUAACACAGUGAAAGUGUGGGACGUUAGGAUGAAUAGACUCCUUCAGCAUUAUCAAGUGCACAGUGCAGUGGUAAACAGUCUUUCCUUUCACCCCUCUGGAAACUAUCUGGUUACUGCUUCCAAUGAUUCAACUCUUAAAAUCCUGGACUUGCUAGAAGGAAGACUUCUGUAUACUCUUCAUGGUCACCAGGGCCCGGCUACCUGUGUAGCGUUUUCAAGAACUGGAGACUUAUUUGCCUCUGGAGGUUCUGAUGAGCAGGUGAUGGUGUGGAAGACCAACUUUGAUGCAGCAGAUUAUGAUGAUGUACUGAAAACACAGAAGUCUGGCACUAAUGUGGAUGGGCCCCAGCCCGCUCUGCAAUCAGAAAUGGAUUGUGGUGUUCACGUGAAGAAAACAAAAACUCAGGAUCCUGGUAGGAACCACGUGCAGCAGGAGGAGGCUGUUUUGGCAAAUACCUUGGAACACAUUAUGGGACAGCUGGAUGUUCUGACUCAGACUGUUUCCAUCCUGGAGCAGAGGCUGACACUCACUGAAGACAAGCUGAAGGAAUGUCUUGAGAAUCAGCAGAAAAUCAUUCAGAACAAAACGAGCUGAGUUCCGGAAAGAAGACAGGAGCUGAAGGCGUUGGGAGGUUUGAGGUUGUUUGUGUUCCGAACAGACUGUGUGUGACUUGCUUUAACAAUUUAGAGUGCAAGCUAUUUUUCAAUUGGAAUGUACAGUUAUUGUAUCUGUAAAUAAGCUUUGUUACUGUACUAAAAUAAAUGGAAUAUUUUAAUCAUAAGCAUGGGUAACUAUUGUGAACUGUUUUCC